CCAUCACGAGCGUAGAAGCAUCUUCUGCAACAAACAACCACUCCUUACUGAGCCGAGCCAAGGAAACUCCAACUCUUUCCUCCCCAUUCCUCUCGACGGAGACAAGCUCGCCCCUUUUUCCUCUCCCAGAUCCCCCACCCCAGCACCGCUCCGUUCCACCGCCCCCACCAUCAAUCCCCUCUUCUCGCCGCCAUCCACGUCCUCUAUCCUCCCCGCCCCGUAAAUCCGCAAUUCGCCAAGGGCCCUCGCCCGGCGGCAGAGGCGUUGGGGGGCCGGCCGGCGCGCUCGCGAAUCCCGGGCAGCCAUGCUCCAGAAGUUCGCUCUCGCGUUCAAGACCAAGACCAUCGAGUUCUUCGCCGAGGAGGAGGAGGACGAGUAUGCGGCGGCGGGGGAGGGCGGGGUCCUCGCUGGCCAACGGGUGGUUGUGCUGAAGCCCGACCCGCAGAACCCUAGCCCUGUCGUCGGCGGGGAAGGGGAUGGGGAGGGCGUGCUUGCGUCCAGCGAGGAUGCGGCCGUAGAGGCGGCGCUCGCGACGGCGUCGUUGUUCCAGGCGGCGUACCUGCACCUGCAAGCGGCGCACUCGCCGUUCCUGCCGGACGCCGCGGCGGCGGCGGACGCCCUUGCUGUUUCGCACCUCCGGAGGCUGUCCGAGCUAAAGCGGCUCGCGUCGGGCGCGCCGGCAGAGGGGGAUGGGCCCCUCACGGCCCACCUCGAGGACCAGGUGCGCGAGAACCAGGCGCUGCUGCGGUCGUUCGACGCCGUGGUGAAUCGCCUCCAGGCCGCGCUCGACGCCAAGGACACCGCGGCCGCCGCUCUUCGCUGGGAGCACGCGGCGCUGGCGGACGGCAACGCGCGCCUCGCUGGGCGCCUCGACCGCGCCCUCGCGCCACAGCCGGGCGCAGGUGGCGGCGACGCCUUGGGUGCCAUGCUGUCCGCGAGCGUCUUCGACUCCGUCCUACGCGAUGCUCUCCGCGUCGCCCACCGCUUCACCCGUGCGCUCGCCGAGCUCCUCAGAUGUGCUGGAUGGGACCUGACUAACGCCGCAGCAGCUGCCUACCCUGGUAUUGCCUACUCCAAGCAUGGCCAUUGCCGCUACGCCCUUCUGUCCCGUGUCUGCCUGUCCAUGUUUGACGGCUUCGACUCCUACCAAUUCGGUGCCGCAAGUGAUGAUGGUGGAGCCCUUGAAGGGAUUGAGCUCGCAAUUCGCAGGAAUGAAUCAUUGCAGCAAUUCAUUGAGCACUCUGAUACAGACCCCAUCGAGCUCAUGCAUUCAAGCCCUGACUGUGAAUUCGCCCAAUUUUGCGAUCGGAAGUACAAACAGCUUAUCCAUCCAGGCAUUGAGUCUUCAUUGUUUGGGAAUUCAGAAUGCGGGGCAUUGCCAGUGUUGGCUGCAGCAGGUCCUCUCUAUGAGCUGUUCAUCACAAUGGCAAGCUCAAUAUGGACACUCCACAGGUUGGCCUGGGCGUAUGACCCAGCAGUCGGCAUAUUCCAGGUUAGCCGAGGCACAGAGUACUCGUCGGUUUACAUGGAGAGCAUCGUGCGUCCGAAUACAUUUUCAGCAAGCAAAGAGGUCGGGAAGACGGUGCGUCCAAAGGUCGGGUUCACCGUGGUGCCGGGCUUCCGGCUUGGCGGGACGGUGCUCCAAUGUCGGGUGUACUUAGAGCCCUAGGUUGUGGUAACGAAGGAAUUAUAGAUUCAAAUGAAAUAAUAUAGUCAAAAAGAAACUGUACAUUUGGGAAACGAAAGGAGGCGUUGUAAAGGCGAUCAAAGAUCAGAGAGCCAAAGAUAACCUCUCAGAAUCAAAGUUGCUACUCGAUGAGGAGUACAGAUAAAGCUAUUUAUCUUUUUUGUUUUGGUUUUGGCUUGUGUAAAAGGGGAGCGUUCGUGAUUUGUAGUGUUGUUGUACAAAGGUCGUCAGAUUUCUAGAGUUGCGUUCUAACAUUGUGAGAGCGUUACUGUUCUUUUUUCCGAAGCAUCAUACUCCGUAGGUAAUUUACCUGUCUGCAGUCCGAUUCGUCUUGUGAAUGUGUAUAUGUACAUCAUCAGUAGAAGAAUGCUGGUGGGGGAUAUUGCAUUCUGUCGUCUGUGAAAUGUUUACCUUGCCAUUUACUCUCA